AUGGAUGACGAUUACCAGGGAAAAAAGGUCGCCGAGGAGGACGAUUUGACGGCACAGGCCCUCGAAAACGACGCCAAUUACGCGGAGCGGAUCGCGGCCAUCAAAAAGAAUGAGCUUAUCGACCAAAAACUGGGUAUCGAACGGUAUACGGGCGCCCCGGAACGCGUCGGCUUCAUGAUCAAUAUACAACCGAGCGAAAUGGUCGAUGAGCAGACGAAAAGCAUUGUGGCGGCAGUUGAUUUCUAUUUUCUCGAGGAUAUGAAUAAACGGUUCAAGAUCACCUACCCCUUCCGCCCAUACUUGUUCAUCUCCACAACGAGCGGCUACGAGCUGCAGGUCUCCAGCCUGUUCAGCAAGAAGUACGGCAGCUUUAUAACGGUCGACUUGGUGGAGAAGGAAGAUCUGGACCUGAAAAACCACUUGUCCGGAUUAAAGAAGAAAUACAUCAAAUUGACGUUUCCGUCGAUGAAGGAGCUGGCGAAGGUAAAAAGCGAGCUGAUGCCGUUGAUUCGUAAGAAUAAGGAGCGGAUUAAGCAGUCGACCGAUUUUACGACUUUGCUUGCCAGGCAUAUCGGUGGCGAUAAGAUGAGUAUGUUAGAUGGUGAUGCUUUGGAUCAGAUCGACGAUAUACGUGAAUACGACGUCCCGUACCACAUGCGUGUCGCCAUCGACGAGAAGCUGUUCGUGGCAAAAUGGUAUACCACGCGGGGGCUCGGAAGUCAAAGGAAGCCGACCAUCGUUCCAUAUACCGGGGAAAAAUUGCCGAAAAUGCCCGUCAUCCUGGCUUUUGACAUCGAAACGACCAAGUUGCCGCUCAAGUUCCCGGAUUCGAGCUUUGACGAGAUUAUGAUGAUUUCAUACAUGAUUAACGGUCGUGGCUACCUCAUCACCAAUCAGGAAAUCGUGCACGGCGACAUCGAAUCGUUCGAAUACACCCCAAAGCCAGAAUAUAAAGGGGUUUUCAAAGUCUACAACGAAAAGGACGAGAAGGCGUUGAUUCGACGAUUCUUUGACCAUAUUUUACAAGUUUGCCCGUCAAUCAUCGUCACAUACAACGGCGAUUUCUUUGAUUGGCCAUUCGUCGAGACGCGCGCAAAAGUGCACGGCAUGAUCAUGGAGGACGAGAUCGGCUUCGCCAAGGACAGCGCUGAGGAAUAUAAAAGCCGGAAUUGUUGUCACAUGGAUGCGUUCAGAUGGGUAAAGCGCGACUCCUAUCUGCCGAUGGGAAGUCAGAAUCUGAAAGCGGUCUGCAAGGCCAAACUUCGCUACGACCCGGUGGAGCUCGACCCGGAGCUGAUGUGCAAAAUGGCCGCCGAGGAGCCGCAGGUCCUGGCCAGCUACUCGGUCUCCGAUGCGGUGGCUACCUACUACCUCUACCAAAAAUACGUGCACCCGUUCAUUUUCGCCUUGUGUACGAUUAUUCCACUUGGCCCUGAUGAUGUAUUACGCAAGGGCUCCGGAACGUUGUGCGAGGCGCUUUUGAUGGUUGAAGCGUUCCACGGCAACAUAAUCUUUCCGAAUAAAUACAUUGUGGCCGAUGAGAUGGCGAUUUCGGCCGAUGGAAAGAGGAUCGAGUCGGAAACCUACGUUGGAGGGCAUGUAGAAGCCCUGGAGGCGGGCGUCUUUCGCUCGGAUAUACCCGUACGAUUCCGGAUGAGCCCGGAAGCGUUGCGGGAUUUGAGGCAAGAGUGUGGCCCCACCCUCGCGAAGGAGAUCAAACGUGAAUUCGGCAUCGAACGCGAGCAGUUAGUGGAUUUUGAAGAGCGUAUCGCAGAUGUUCAACAUGUUUUUGAUCAGCUUCUCGAGCAUACUUCUCGAAGCGAGUAUCCGAGGAUCUACCAUUUGGACGUCGGCGCCAUGUACCCAAAUAUUAUCCUCACCAAUCGACUGCAGCCCUGCGCCAUGGUGGACGAGGAGACGUGUAUGGCCUGCGUCUACAACACCCCGGACGCUAAGUGCAAACGGACGAUGCCGUGGAUGUGGCGAGGGGAAAUUAUCCCUGCCGCCCGUGGUGAAUACCACCAAAUUUUGCAACAGCUUGAGGGAGAAACUUUUGACAAGCCGCCAGUGCCGUUCCAUCAGCUCGACAAGAAACGCCGGCUUCAGAUUGAGAAGAAAAGGGUUCAAGAUUAUAGCAGACGUGUUUACGGCAAAAUCCAUGAAACUCGUGUCGAGAAGCGGGAGACGAGAAUCUGCCAACGCGAAAAUCCGUUUUACGUCAACACCGUGCUCGCCUUCAGAGAUCGAAGAUACGACUACAAAGAGCUGCUCAAAAAGGCAAAGGGACAACUCGCGGAAGCUGAAAAGAAUAAUGAUAUCAAUGGGGUAAAAAACGGACACGCCCUUUGCGUCCUCUACGAAUCACUCCAAUUGGCCCAUAAAUGCAUUCUGAAUUCGUUUUAUGGAUAUGUGAUGCGAAAGGGGUCGAGAUGGUUUUCAAUGGAGAUGGCCGGAAUCGUAUGCCACACCGGUGCCAACAUCAUCACUGAAGCGCGUAAAUUGGUGGAGAAAAUUGGAAAACCACUCGAGUUGGACACUGACGGUAUCUGGUGUCUCCUCCCGUCAAGCUUCCCCGAAGAUUUCACCUUUAAGGUUAAGGGCUGGAAGAAGGAUAAGAUCUCAAUCUCGUACCCAGCUGCCAUGCUGAACGCCCUCGUCGACCAGGGCUUCACCAACGACCAAUAUCAUCGACUACAAGAAGAUGGAACCUAUACGGUCACCCCGGAAAACACGAUUUAUUUUGAGGUCGACGGCCCUUAUCGAUGCAUGUUGCUGCCGGCCAGUAAGGAAGAGGGCAAGAAGCUCAAAAAGAGAUACGCAGUCUUCAACUUUGACGGGUCGAUGGCCGAGUUGAAGGGUUUUGAGCUGAAACGGCGCGGAGAGCUCAACAUCAUCAAGCGAUUCCAGGACGGCGUCUUUCGAUCGUUCUUGAAUGGGAAAGAUUUGGAAGCUUGCUACAACAGCGUGGCGAAAGACGCGAACAAGUGGCUCGACAUUUUGUUUACAGAAGGCGCCGAUUGCAGCGAUCAGGAGCUGUUCGAUUUGAUCGCCGAGAAUCGCUCGAUGAGCAAAAAACUGGAGGAUUAUGGCGAGCAGAAGUCAACGUCAAUUUCCACGGCUCGACGUCUCGCUGAAUUCCUUGGAAAUGAAAUGGUCAAGGACGCUGGUCUGGCCUGUCAAUUUAUCAUCUGCAAACACCCGAUCGGGGCGCCGGUCACCGAACGGGCCAUACCGCUUGCUAUUUUCCAGGCAGACCCAACAACUCGUGGUACUUAUCUCCGACGAUGGACUAAGAAUUCGGAGAUGUCCGGAGACACUGACGUACGAACGAUGCUUGAUUGGCCAUAUUACAUUGAGCGAUUCGGUAGUUGUGUCCAGAAGAUUAUCACGAUCCCGGCGGCACUUCAGGGCGUUGAAAACCCAGUACCACGCAUCGCUCAUCCGGAUUGGCUGCGCAACAAAAUCAAGAAUAAGCUCGAUGAGGCGCUACAACCGAAACUUGCCGAGUUUGGCUUCUUCCGGAAACCAGCCGGCGAAACGAAUACAAACGGGAAACGACCGCCAUCUCGUGAAGAGCCCUCCCCAUCUACUAGCCAAAUGGACAUCGAGGACAUGGGCAACAAGGAGAAUCAAAAUCCGAAUAAAAAGUGCAAGAUGACGAAAAAACCUGAGCCAACACAAGAACUACCACUGGAAAAGAAGACCCAGGCGGCUGACGGUUUCGAGGAAUGGCUAGGAUUUUUGAAGACCAAGUGGCGCAGAGGCCGGAAGAAUCGGAAGCUGGAAAAGUCGUCAACAGCCGUCGAGCGGAUGGUGGAGCUGACAAAGGAGAGGACGAGGAAUCGCUUCUGGCAGAUUCUGUCCAUUGAACAAUCACAGACACCGGGCCUCUUCAACGUGUGGGUGUCGCUGGACGGGCAGAUGAGCAAGUUGGGCGUAAAAGUGGACCGUGUGAUGUUGGUCAAUCAGCGGGAGCCGCAGAAGAAGGGCGAGCUGUCCAGGAAGAUUUUGCCGCAUCGCAAGCAGGCUUUUCACCUCUAUGAGCAUCGGGUUGAUGAGGAGAGAUUCGAGGAGCUCUACAACUCCAUCAACAGCCAGCUCUGCACCAUGUCUACAGAAGGCGUCUAUGAAUCCCAGACCCCACUCCUCCUUCGCCUUCUAAUCGAGAUGGGUUGUGUCUGCCGCGUCGCUGGCCCCUCAUCCCACUCGAUUUGGCCGCUCAGCUCGCUGAAGAUGGUGCCGCUGUCCGAGACUGAAUACUUGCCCGCUGGCUCGAUACGCUCGAUUUUCCUCUACAAAUACUCGGCGGACUCGCGCGCCAUUUGGCUUCUGAUCGAUCCGGCCACUGCUGAGGGGCAUUUCGUCCUGGCGACUCGUGGCGAGAUGAUGGUGCCAAGUCUGGAGAAGACGUACCGUGAACUCUGGCAGGAGAGUUGCAACGACGGCAACUCGUCAAUCCAAGGGGUCAGGGAGACGGUCAAGUUUCAAAUGUACAAAGUCAACUCGCAAGCCGAUGCCGAGCGCACUGUUGGAAAGAUUGCUAGGGCCCUGCGAGCUGCCACAAGCCGACCUACCGUUUUGGUGGUGCAGGCUGCGGAGAGUCGACAGCUGCUGACGAAUCAAGUCCCUAAUCUCGGCCUCUUUCCACAUGUCAAGCUACAACAAGGCCGUGAGCCGUCGUCCCUGUUCUCGACAGUCGACUGGCAACGUGUGACAGCGAAACGUGCCCUCAAGCACUAUUUCUACAGUCAUAUCUAUCUCGAGGACUACGUUGGAUGGUGUCGAUAUCUACAUGUACCACUCGGGAAUCUACCAUCCGAUAUUACCCAAUUCGCCAUCGAUCUGUUCUUCUCGCGCCAUUUGGUCAGAGCCGGCUACGCGCUAUGGGCCUCUCUUUCCAGUCGGCCGGAUCUGGGUGGAAAAGAGCUGGACGAUGUGAGGCUUGUCUCCGAGUGGAAGCCGUUUGAUGAGAAUGACGCUACGCUGCUGAAUCGGCCCUCUUUCUGUGGCAGCGUAUGCGUCGAGUUGGAGCUCGGUGCCGUUGUGGUGGCUGCGAUUGUUCAUAGGAGUCGCCUGCUCGAAGCCGAAGGAGCCGACGAUACCGUGGGCUUCGACUCAACCGCCGCCCUGCCCGCCGACGCUGUCACCGGAAUUCGGAACACCAUCUCCAGCUAUGACGAGGGUGCCGCCGUCGAUGGCCCUAUCCGAAUCCUGAAAACGAUGCUGCAAGAGUGUAUCCGCGAGAUUGCCGUCAAUUCGAACAAACGCGCCGACCAAAUGGUGUUGUCCCUCCAGCGAUGGCUUCUCCGUCCCAACUCUCUACUCUACGAUCCGGCACUCGCACGCUCCGUCUCGAUUUUAGAACGAAAGCUGUGCCUCCUCCUUGCCACGGAGAUUGAACGCCUUGGCGGCCAUGUCGUCCAUGCUAGCCCCACAAAGAUUGUGCUGGCCACCGGAAAACCGAGCCUUGAAGCGGGCCGCUGCUUCACGGAUUCCCUCAUCAAAACGCUACAAAAGAACCCGAUCUUUGGGUCGGUGCACAUGCGCGUGACACAGGAGUGGAACGUACUGCUGUGGAAGGAUCAGGCGAAUUACGCCGGGCUGACCAAAGAGCUGAUUGUGCCCGGGGAUGAUGAGGAUGAGGACAUCGAAGGUGCUGGCGAGAUCCGGAUCGUCCCCUCAACCCAGUGGAAGCUGAUACAAGCCUUGGAGGAGCAGGUGGAGCUCGAGAAACAGUUCCAGACCAACAUCGUCGGCUAUUUGCUGCUUUGGAUGCAGAAGAUGGAAGAAAAUGAGCACGACAUCACUCCGGAGGGCCAUAUCGAGAUGCGCUCGGCGAUUUUGCUUGAUGAGGUAUUACCUCGUAUGUUCCGUAUCCUUACGGAGUUGACGUCGCAACGGAGUGAAGAUGGUACCGCGAAGGCUGGAUUGCUAGCAUCUACCGUACUUGCCGCUCUUGAGUGCGACGUGGAGUGUGAAGAUGCUGUGGACGCCGUCCGCGAGCAGGUCAAGCGCGUGCUCAGCGGAACUUUACCGAGUAUUAGUACGGAGUCGAUGUUCCUUCGCGCGCUGUUCUGCCCGUACUGUGCCGUAGCUGCCGACGUUGACCUGCUACAAGACGGUGCCUGGGUGUGCGGCGCUUGUGAAAAGACCUACGACGUGCAGGCCGUCGACAACAUGGUGGUCAGCCGGUUGAACAAUCUGCUCACCUCCUACCUCGCCCAGGACCACGUUUGCGGCAAGUGCAAAGGAGUUCGCCGCGAUGUACUAUCGAAAUAUUGCGAGUGCAGCGGCAAGUAUGACAACUCGCUGAGCGCGGCUGAAUUGCUGAAGAAUGUUCAGCUCGCCCUCUCCGUGGCCGAAAAACACGACAUCCGCCAGACGAGGGCCGUCGCCAAAUGGAUUACCUCAAUUUUG